GCGAGCCUUUCGUUGCGCCUCCCUGGCCGCGAUCGGAGAAGCCGGAGAGAGGGGCGAGGCGCCUGCAGGCCCCGCCCCUCAGGCGGGUCCCACCCAUCAGGGCAGGCCCGCUCCUCCUGCCGUGGCGUGGCUAGGCGCGGCGCGAGGUGGGCGCUGCGGCGCCAGCAGCCCUGUGGCGGCAACGAAGAUGGACCCGGAGCCAGCGACCCUUGCGGAAGGAGGAGGAGCGGUUGCAGCUUCGGGAGCUGCGGCCGCCGCGACGUUCAGGGAAUCGGCUCAGCAGAUGAAUAGUGAAAGAGGCUUUGAAAAUGUAGAACUGGGAGUUAUAGGAAAGAAGAAGAAAGUCCCGAGGAGAGUCAUUCACUUUGUUAGUGGUGAAACCAUGGAAGAAUACAGCACAGAUGAAGAUGAAGUUGAUGGCCCGGAGAAGAAAGAUGUUUUGCCUACUGUUGAUCCUACAAAACUCACCUGGGGCCCCUACUUAUGGUUUUACAUGCUCCGAGCUGCCACAUCAACCCUCUCAGUGUGUGACUUUCUUGGAGAGAAGAUUGCAUCUGUUUUGGGCAUCAGCACCCCAAAGUACCAAUAUGCCAUUGAUGAGUAUUACCGGAUGAAGAAGGAGGAAGAAGAAGAAGAAGAAGAAAACAGAAUGCCUGAAGAAGCAGAAAGACAAUACCAGCAGAAUAAACUGCAGGCUGAUUCCAUUGUCCAGAGGGAUCAGCCAGAAACAGUGGCAUCCAGUUCAUUUGUCAAUCUCAAUUUUGAAAUGGAGGGAGACUGUGAAGUAAUUAUGGAAAGCAAACAAAAUCCAGUUUCUGUCCCACCAUAGAAUGACUAUCAGACUUCAAACUCUAGGGUUUUUAUAAUACCAGGAACUUUCACAUUCUUUAUUCAGUGGGACUUAAUAUAAUUAUUUAUAUUUUAAAUUAUUAUCUGGAAAGGGAAAAAUGUUUCUUCAUUCUUAGGCUCUAUCUAGCAAAAGCCAGAUCUGAAAUUUGAUCAUUUAUACUAUGCUUUUUCUGUGUGUCACAUUAGGGCUUUGGCUUUAAAAUGUUCUUUAAAGAAAUUAAGGACAUUCUAGAGCCCUAAUUGCCAAUUAAGUGUUAAAUUAUCAAGCUUGUCUGUUAUUGGUGUUUGUAAGAAAAAAAAUACUUAAAUUACUAACUGGAGCUGAUCUUUCUAGUCUCAGACUGAAAUAAGGAUUCCUUCCCCCCUAGAUUUUCUCAUGUUGUCUUACAUUUAUAAAUCUAACCAUUAAUUUCAUACUAAGGAUGGUUCACUGAGUGUGUAAUAAAAGGAGCAAGACAAAAGCACUUUGAUUUUUCUUUCCUUGAGAAUAUUUUAUGAAAAGGUGAGUGAGUUUGUAACACCAGUUCUAAGAUGGGUUUCCAUUUUUUGAUGCAGGUUACUUAAUCUUACAUUCUUUUUCAGCAGUUAUUAAAAUUAAGUAACUAACUUUGAACAUUACGUUAAAAACACUAGUUACGAGAUGUAUUUAUUAAUGUAUUUGUAUUCAAGUGGUAACAUCCAGUGAUUAUCCACAUGGCAUCCUGGUUUUGUGACUCAGUGGACCCUGAGUGUUUCCUGUGGGGCAAGUAGUUGGAGGGAGGAUGGUAGGGUGAGGGACAGAUGAAGACUUGACCCUUCAGGGGCUACUGUUAAUAUUGUACCAAGUGCCACAGUAGCAUAGUGAAGUCACCAAUCAUUCUCUUCUUUGAAGUUAACAACAGUUGAGUGGAUAGUUUGCUUAACCCAGGUGUGGUCAGCUCUCUAGAGCCUACUGUGGUACUGGCAACACUUACUUAAGUAUAAUAUGAAACUAAGUUUGAAAAUAUUCCUAAAUAUGUGCUCAUAAUCUUAUGAGAGAUCUGUAUGAUUUUGAUUCAUAACUAAAUGUGGGUAAGGAAGAAUUCUUGUGUGGAGUAUUUCGAAAUGCUGCUCUUAAAAGCCUAUCCACAGACUUAAGAGCUUUCAGAGAUUAAUGGUGGUUCUAAGCAGCAUUAAACUGUCAAUCUUAAAUAUUUUUAUAUAAAAUGUAGCUUCAAAGAAACUCCUCGAACAAAGGUACAGUGGUCCUAUUACAGAAAUCUGUUAUCAGUGAACAUGAACAUCUGGCCACUAAGUUCUUCAACUGAAAUCUGAAAGAUUUAGGAAAGAUAAUUUUUCACUUGGAAUCUUCAGUUUUAUGGAUCUGUGGUAUGGUAGUUCAUGCAUGGUAAUUUUUUUGGUCAUGGCUGUAAAUUCUUUAAUUUAGUAAAGGAUUAAGUUUCAGAUCAUGUAAUUAAUGUUACCAUAAAUUAUAGUUUACCAGAAGCUCUAAAACAUGCUAACUUGACCUCUUCCCUCUAAUUUGUUUUUAACUUUGAGAUAGGACCUCCAACUCAAGUAUUUAUUGGAUUAUCCAGUGAAGGCAUGCAUAUCUAAUAAUGAUCUUUUCCCUAGAGGCACUAGAUCUGAAAGUUUACCUAGAAACCUUUCUGAUUGUAGAAGGAAGAUUAUGAAAGUUUUGUUUCUUAAAUAUCACUUUUCUCUUAAUUGUCCAACAGUGGCCAGUUUGUAAUGUUUAUAUAGUUAUUCACUGUGCCUUAUUAAAUCUUUAUACUUUAUUUAUGCAAACUAUAAAAUUUCCCAGAAAU